AUGCAAUAUUCCUACCCGGAGACAGACAGCGCAUCAUUCAGCCUCCCCUUUCAACCAAGCUUCCACUACAACGCUGAAGCGAUCUCACAUACGCGCAAUCUUACCUUUCUGAAAGAGAAGAUGGGCGGGCCUUGGUUCGAUCUCGAGCAGAUCUGGGAUGAGCAUACUUACUAUGAGUUUGAGAAUCGAUCGGUGGAGCAUACGAUGAGCACGAUGGUGCAGGAGCCGUAUGUAAAUCAUGUGCCAACGCUCACUGGUGGAAUCGGCCGCGAGAAAUUGACAGCCUUCUAUCGGGACCACUUCAUCUGGAAGAACCCUGCAAGCACAACCCUGGAAUUAAUCAGCCGCACAAUCGGCAUCGACCGGAUUGUCGACGAGUUUCUCUUCAAAUUCAAACAUGAUACAGAGGUAGACUGGCUCAUUCCCGGAAUUGCUCCCACGCAUCGCGAGCUCGAAAUUCCCUUCAUGGCUGUCGUCAACAUCCGGGGUGACCGGCUAUACCACGAGCAUAUCACCUGGGACCAGGGGACUGUGAUGAUGCAGUUGGGAUUCAUGCCCAAGGACCUUGCUGCUGUGGAAGACCAUGCUGGCGCUGGGAAUCCACACCGGCAGAAGGUGUGCAAAGCCCCUAUAUAUGGGAAAGAGACGGCCGCAAAGCUUCGUGAUAAGAAUGCUAUCAUGUCGAAUGCGUUGUUUGAUAAUCUGUUAUCUUCCAGAGCGGUGGAUUCGAGUGAAUAG